CCUGCCCGCCCCGCACAGCCGGGGCGCCGCGCCGCCCGCCGCCGCCGCCCCCUACCUCAUCCGCUACAUCGCGCAGCAGAUUGAUCAUUUUGGAUUUGAUGAAAAUCUUACAUUCCAGCAGCGAUAUCUAAUAGCAGAUCAACACUGGAAGAAAGGAAAUGGACCAAUACUAUUUUAUACAGGCAAUGAAGGAGACAUCACAUGGUUCUGCAAUAACACGGGCUUUAUGUGGGAUGUGGCUGAAGAACUUAGUGCCAUGUUAGUAUUUGCCGAACAUAGAUAUUAUGGAGAGUCUUUACCCUUUGGAAAUGAGUCUUUCAGUGAUUCCAAGCAUCUGAAUUACCUGACGUCAGAACAAGCUCUGGCAGACUUUGCGGUACUAAUUGAGUACUUAAAGGAAAACAUUGUAGGAGCUCGUUUUAGUCCUGUCAUUGCUAUUGGAGGCUCUUAUGGAGGAAUGCUUGCAGCUUGGUUUAGAAUGAAGUACCCCCACGUGGUAGUUGGAGCUCUGGCAGCCUCAGCCCCAAUCUGGCAGUUUGGUGAUUUGGUUCCUUGUGGCACUUACUUCAGUAUAGUAACUAAUGAUUUUAAAAAGAGUGGGAAGGGCUGCUCAGAAAGCAUACGGAAUUCCUGGAAUGCCAUUAACCGUCUUUCCUCAACAGAUGCAGGUUUGCAGUGGCUUUCCAGCACAUUUCACUUGUGCAGCCCAUUAAAAAAUCUUCAGGAUGCUGCUAUAUUGAAGAGCUGGCUGAGUGAAACAUGGGUAAACUUGGCUAUGGUAGACUAUCCCUACAAAGCUGACUUUUUACAGCCUCUGCCAGCUUGGCCUAUACAGGUAGUCUGCAAGUUCUUGACGGAUCCCAGUCUUCCGGACAAGUCAUUGCUGCAGAAUGUUUUCCAGGCAGUAAACGUCUACUACAACUACUCAGGAGAAGCCUCGUGCUUUGACAUGUCUCAGACUGCAACAAAGAAUCUGGGACAGAUGGGUUGGUACUAUCAGGCUUGCACUGAGAUGGUGAUGCCCAUGUGCACAGAUGGUGUCAAUGACAUGUUUGAGCCUCAGAAAUGGGACUUUGAUGCACUUUCAGAAGAGUGUUUCAGACUGUGGGGAGUGAGGCCUCGGCCCUCUUGGAUUCUUUCCAUGUAUGGAGGGAAAAACAUCAGUUCACACAGCAACAUCGUCUUCAGCAAUGGUGGCCUGGAUCCGUGGUCUGCAGGGGGAGUGACCCAGAACAUCACCGAUUCCCUUGUGGCAAUUGUGAUCCCAGACGGAGCUCAUCACCUGGAUCUGCGCAGCCGCAACCCUUGUGACCCCGCAUCUGUGCAGCAAGCUCGAGCCUUGGAAAUUCAUUAUAUGAAGCAGUGGAUUGAGAAGGCCAGGCAUAACCACUGAAGUGGUACUGUAACAACUGUGGCUGUUAUACCUCCCUUGGCUUUGCUUGGAGCAGGGCCAGGCCUUAUCAUGCAGUUGUCUCACUCCUGCUUCCUCACCUCCUUUACAAUGCUAACCACUGAUGCUUGUGCCCGGGAGAGGAGAAGGUUAUAGACGGAUAGAGAGCAUUCUGCAGUAACCAGCUUUGGUUAAUAAAGUGCAUGGAUUGAGCUGCCUGCUCUGGCUUGCUUUCCUAUUCUGCUGUUUCCAAAUGCUGCACCUUAUUAUAGAGUUCCUGUUUUAAGCUUGAUGCCUUCCUGGCUGCAUUAGAUUAUUGUCCUGGGUGCUGGAGAGCGUGUGCAUGGAUUAAAUGGCAGUUCCGUUAGUGUCCAUGGUUCCUGCUGCCUUCAGUGGCAUUGAAUUUCAAACAUCCUCAGCUGGAAUAAACUGUCAUGGCAGGGAUAUGGAGAGAAUGAGGGAACAAAAAUCAUCUCUGUUUGUUGGAGAGGUAAGGAAGGGAAGAGGAAAUUGGCUGUGCAGUUUGUUUAAAAACAAACAAAGCCUCCAACCAAAAAAAAACCCCUCCAAAACCUAAAACAAAAACACCCCCUACCUUUAGGGAAUCAGUGCUGGAAAGCAAGUAAAUAUUUUUUUUUCCUUAGUUUUCUGGCAGUGUAUUAAUCAAAGCUGCCUUAACUGGUUUUUCCAUUCUACUCUGUACUGUAUGAUCAGGGCUGGUCCCUAACUCUUUGCUGAUAGCUUGCUGAGCAUGCACUAGGAUUUUACUUCUUCUGUUGCUGUUUAUUCUAACCCUAGAAUAUCUGCCUCAGUGAUAAUGAUAGCCAAAAAGAAACUCUGGCUGUGUUUUGUGUGUGUGUAUGUCCUCUGUACAAACACUUAGCUUUUUCAAAUCAGGAAGCUUUCUCAGCUAUUCUCUUGAAGAACAAAUGUGACACUUGUGCUGGCCAGAUCUUAGGAAGAGACAAAUAAUAGGGGCUGUGCCUUGUGUGCAGUCCCCUCCCCAUUCUGUUUAUUGUUGAAAUUCUGCAUGAUCUGUUUGCUGAUAGCUCUUCAAUAAAAGCCUUUUAAAAAAAAAAAAAAAAGUUUGUGGGACAAACUAUUCAAAGCGUAGAAUGCAGCCAUCCUCUUGGAUCAGCCUAAAGCAUGAUGCGGAGCUCAACAAGCCAGGUGCACUAGGGCUCUCUGUAAAGCUUCCAAAAUGGACAAACUGCCCUGAUUCAUGAGACUGCAUAUUUGACGUUAAUAAAUGGCUGGGGCAAUCCCCUCGUUUUCCAGCUUUGGCUUCAUUCAUGCUGAAGCGCUCCUUCAGAAAGGAUUCUUUGCAGUUGUAAGGACAAUUCCAUUUCAGAAAGAUGUGGGCAAGGCUUGUUGAGCUGAGACUCUUAAAACUCCAAUUCUGUUGAAAAGUUUCUCAGCUUUAGUGAUAGUUGAUUAUUUUCCUAAGACACCAGGUGGCCUUUUUUGUUUCCACUCUCUCUCCAUUCUCUGGGAACAAAGCAUACCUAACACUGAAAUUUUGUCUUUUAAUGAACUCCUGUGAAUCCUAUUCUUCUGAUAGUUCCUGGCAUACUCUUCUUGCUGUAUUGUUCUAGAAACAGUUUUAAACCAUUGGCAUUUAUGUUCAGAUUCAGCAACGUGAAGCUCUCCUGCUCUGUUUUGAACAGGAGUAUUACUUCAGAGCAUACAGAGAGCAAGACCACAGAAGAAUCAUAAGGGUAAAAGGAAGAGCUAUUCAGAACUUGCCUAAAACUGUUGACUGAAAGCAGUCCCUUUUCCGAUAGAUCUUUUUUUUUUUUUUUUUUUUUUUUUUUUUUUUUUAAUGCCUGGUACCAUGAUGUAAAUAUAUUCCCCUCCCUUGCUCAUGUACUUUAUAAUGAUGUAUUGGCCUUGAAAAUUUUAAAACAAAAAAUUAAUGUUUUCUAGUCAACUGUGAGUUAUAAGUCAAUUUUUUUUUUAGAAAAAUACUGUUGCUUCCUAAGAAUUUAUUACUUUAUGAUAUUUUUUUUACUGAAAGGCAAGGAAUAGAAUUUACAAGCAUAAAUAUAGAUGUUGGGAUCACAAAUGGAUUGUAACUGAACAAGCAAGAGCCUGGUCCAGCUCUCACUAACGGCAUAGAGUGUUCUGAGUGCAUGUUCUUGGAAUAAACUAAUGCUGUAUGGAGAUGAAUGUGGUAGAUUAAUGCAGUGGGCUGUUAACACUCCAAAUUAAUAGCCACUGUUUAUCAUAAUGAUCUUAACAUCUCCUCCUCGUCCUCCCUUACCAGCUAACUUACUCUUUCUCAGGAAACAACUUGUUUAUUGCUUGGAAAACAUAGUUAGUUUCAAACAAAGUAAUUUAAAUUUUUAUUCCUCUCCCCCCCCCCCCCCGCUUUAUUUUUUUUUUCCUCUUUUCAGUAACAGAAAAAAUUGCCUUUAAGGAAACUUAAACCCUGCCGUUUUCAAUGUUGAAUUUUGAGAAAUUGUAUUAAAAACAAAACUGCUUGUCUUAAUCUGUGGACUGAUCUAUAUAUGCUAGUGAGAGACUGUUGUUUGGCUGCCUCAUAUAAAUGUUAGCUCUGCCUGCUUGUUUCAUGCAGGUGAGAACAGAAUCAUAGAAUGGUAAGGUUGGAAGGGACCUCUGGAGAUCAUCUAGUCCUACCCUCAGCGUAGCCCAUACGGGGAUUGAACCCACGACCUUGGCAUUAGCAGCACCACACUCUAAAGAGAUGUUUGGAAAUUGCUGUCUUCCCCCUUCCCUUCCCCGAUCAUGUAGUGAUGGGCCAUAUUUCCUCUCAGGCUUAUGUAUACACUUGCUGUCAUGAAUGAUUUGAAUUAAAAUGCAUGUUUUCCAAGGAUCAGAAAAAUGCAAAAGAAAAAAAGAAUUAAUGAUAACUCUAAAACAUGACUCUUACUUCUAAAACUGCAGUUUGUGCCAAUAGAAAUGUGAGCUUCUGGAACUGGAUUUUAUUUUGUAAGGACACAAAUUUUUCUGCCCAGACAAAUUUGGAGUUCUGCAAACACAUGUUGUCUUCCUGCAUAUCAGUGGUGAAGGUUGUGUGGACUGACUUAAUGGUGCAUCACACCAACCUGCCAACCUGGCAAGUGGAGGUUUGACUAGGCUGUGCAGCCUGAAAUAUUUUAUCAGUGAGGUCUAAGGCUGCAGGUUGUGAAGAAGUUACAUAGCUUCUGCGUGCACCUUGCUGUGUUUGUAGGUAAUUUUAACUUUGAAGAUAAUCAAAUACUGCGUUGUCAAAGGAAGCUACGGAAAAGAAAGCCUCUCUGUUUACCUGGAACAUGACUCAAAUCACAGAAGUAUGUGCAUACAGAGAAUGAAGGGCACGUUUUGCAUCCCAUAGUGUCUGUGCGCCAGACUGCAGAUUUGCAGAUUGCAUUUGUUGCAGAUGAAUGUCAGUGCACUUUAAAUAAAGUAAAUUCUUAAAGAGAGUGUUCUCUUUAAGAACUGUUCUUAAAGAGAGUAUUUUAGCUGUCAUGAAUCCAACCUUUAUGGAGUUGGAAGGAAACAUCAAUAACCUAAAGAGUUUUAUGUUAACCUUUUCACAGUUGAUACAUUUUCCAGGACUUUCUGACAAUGUCUUUCUGACAAUCAGGAGGAUGAUACGAAAGACCCACAAAAAUAGGGUUGAAAGAGCUCAGGGGAUCAUACACUCCAAGCCUACCUCAAGAAAGGACCAGCUGUGUCUAAGCUGAUAGGCAAUGGUACAAGAUUGAUAGCUCUCCUGUGAUUCAGCAGAACACCGUAUCUGUGCUGUCUUCAGCCAAUGCAAUGCGUGGCAUGCAUUUUGUGAAACCAUGUGUUUGGAGGAAACAUUUUUAUGGUUGCUUGAGUUGAAAUCAAAAAUGGUAUCUCUCCGAAACUGCUCACAUUUGUGACCUGAAUACUUGCACUUGCAGCCUUGACAAAGUUGACGAGUUACUUUUAUUAGAAUAAGACUGCUGUGGGGACAGAUCUGUGUUGUUGGAGCAAUAAAAUGGGUCCUCACAGAGUUGGAUGAGAAACACGAUUGUCAUAUGGUUUUAAAUAAACUGCUGAAUGGAUGUUCCAUAAAAUAUAAAUCUUUCUGAAGUUGAAGCUAUGUAUGUAAUAUUUUAGUCCCUAACACCAUUUUAUAAAGUGAUCAUUUAGAUGGCUUUAUUUGAAUUCCAUUUUCUAUGAUAGUGGCAUCAAUGUUAGCGUAUGGCAUAUUAAUAUGUGUUGCUACUGUGUUGUCCCUAUAUUUUAUAAUCUAGCCUUGUAUUUUUUUGCUC